CACGUGACCGUUUUCCUGGCUCGCCUUUGUGGGACAAAUCGUGAUUUUCGAGUCUCUCUAUGGCCAAUAAUGGGAGAAAACUGACAAAGACGCAUAUUUACGAGGCUUAAAUCGGAUGUAUUCAAUUGUUUUGUGGUGCGGUUCUUUCGCAUUUCCGGGAAGACAGGAGACGCCGCCGUUGUUUAGUUUUUAAGACGGGUUUUGUUUAUCACAUCUCAACUUGGUUGGUGAGUAGUUAUUGAGCCGUCGGAGAUGAGUGGUCCCGAGGUAGCGAAGACGCCGGGGAAGGAAGGCAUGGAGGCUGUAGCCAAUGGCCAUGCAGGAGAGGGUGAACAGGGAGGAGACGAUCCCUUCGCUGAGUACAUGUGGAUGGAGAACGAGGAUGCGUACAACAGACAGGUUGAAGAGGAAUUGUUGGAGCAGGAGUUCUUGGAGCGUUGUUUCCAGGAGAUGUUAGAUGAGGAGGACCAGGAUUGGUUCAUCCCGGCCAGAGACCUCCCCUCAGGGUUGGGGCAGAUCCAGCAACAGCUCAAUGGCUUGUCAGUCAGUGACAGAGGAAACGCAGAGGAGAUGGCGCACAGCCUCAAUUUCGUAGGGGCAUGGACUCUACAAGGUGUCGAAAGCGUUCCACAGGGAUACUGGCCCAUUUUGACUCCAAUGCUUCCCACAGUUCUCAAGUUGGCUCAAUGUACUUUGGGUGGUGUACCAUUCUUGAUACACACAGGUAACUGUGGAUAAACCAAGCAGCGUUGCAGUUUGAAACACUCAAACUGGUGCGCAUGGCACCUUACACUAUACCCUAUUCAAUGGCACUUAAAUAUUUUGUCUUGCCCAUUCACCCUCUGGCACACAAUCCGUGGUUUAAAAAAAAAAAUCCUCCCCUUCAUCUACAUCAGUGUUUCCCAAACUCGAUCCUCGGGACCACAAGGGGUGCAGCUUUUAGGACAAAAAACUAUCACUACACAGCUGACUCAAAUAAUCAACUAAUUACGUUUGUAAUCACAUUGGGGCCCUGAGGACUGUUUGGGAAUCACUGAUCUACACUGCUUUGAAGUGGAUUUAACAAUUGACAAUUGUCAUGUCCCCUAAGCGGUUCACUUCAUUUUUACUUGGGAAAUGAAUAUUAAAAUGUGCACAUAAUUAACUUUUGCCAUUAAUGCAAACAUUUGUUUUGUUGCAUUUAUUUGAUAAAAAAAUACUUUAAUGAUUAUUGAUUUAAAAUCACACAAUUUUAGCUCUGUCCCUCAGUCUACACUCAACCCCGUCACGCCAACCAAACUCCACGAAUAAAAAUGGUCAAUCCACCCUCAUGUGCAAUCAUUAACAGGAAGUGACAUUUUUUUCAACUGAAUGAUACAGAAACGGGCAAGUAAUCACAUCUGUUUUUUUUAAGUCCGGUGGGGAUCGUCGAGCUGACCAACUCAACCCCAUUAGAUGAAAUAAAGAUGGAAAACUUGUACUUAUCAAUGUGUAUUCAUAGGUUGAAGUAUAAAGUAUAUUCAUUUCAUGGGUUGAAGUAUAAAUCUAUCAAUAUCAUGCACACAUGGUGUAUCCUGUUUUUCUCCACGUGAGGAGCAGAGGCCAUUUGAGCCAAAAAACUCAACUGUCACGUUUCAUUGUAACAGGGUUGUAAACCUGUGACASGGUUGAGUUAUUUAUGGAUAUUGCAUCUAAACAAAUGAAUUAUACAUUGUUUAUAUUCACUUAUAAACAUGUUGUAAUGUGUUCCAUGUGAACAAAAUAUAUUUUAAGGCAUGUAGCCUGGUGGUAGGAGAGUUGGGCAAGACUUAACUUCGGUUGUUCCUUUAAGUCACUCUAGAUCCUAAAUUACUCAAGGAUUAUAGUGUAUAUAUUCUAAGAAUCUUUGCUUUAACAUUAUCCAUUGAAACGUCUAGGGAAUGAUGGCGCCCACAUCAGCAGCAGAAAGACAAAGGCAGUGUCGAGCACGUCAAAAUGCUGACCCAGAAAAAAGGGAACAAUACCUUGAGAGAGCGCGUCAGAGAUGGGAAAGAAAUGUUGAGGCAGGGAAAAAGAUAAAUAUCAGUGUUUUAAGUGAACGAGACCAGUGGAACAGCAUACAAAAGAAGCAAGGAGAGGAAAUGAGCAUGUGCGAUGGAGAUGAUGCCAAACCCGAUUGAAAGCGUUGCCCUCCACCAUGAGAGUACACCAGGUCAUCAUCCUUGCUCCUGGUGAGCUGAUGUCUUGUGAUGUCAGCUGCCUUUGUUCAACAAAGAAGGACCUAAGCUGUACAUGCUUUAACACGCAUCACUUCAAUUUCAGGCAGAAGGUCCUGGCUGCUCCAGAACAGCCAGCCAAUGAGGAAAAUCCACAAGCUGUAGACAAAUCCAAGUCUUUUUGGGUAGUGGUGUGUAGUGGAAUAUGAUAACCUGUAUUCAGGCACGCAUCAUUCUCGGCACGGAUGGAAUGAGUGUAUAAGUGAAAUGUUUGCGUCGUGUAGUACCAAACAAAUUUUUCUGGCCUUCUCAAGACGACAUCCACUGGUGUCAAUUGGAUGAAGUCCUUCAUCAAAUUUGUCACAUGCGCCGAAUACAACAAGUGUAGACCUUACAGUGAAUUGCUUACUUACUUACAAGCC